AUGAAAGCGGCAGCAAUGUCCGUCUGGGUGUUUAUUAACCUACUAUUCUUUGGAAUGUGCGGCUAUUUGUAUUUAAUAUGGUCACAAUAUUGGAUGUACAUUGAAAAACAAAGAUUGUUUAGCAAGACUCCUGAACCUGAAAAGUCUGCACCUUUUCUUAAUUAUCAGGAAACUUACAUACCAGAAAAUUUGAUGUCCGGGACUUCAUACAAUGUAAACUCAAGGGUCAAUUCUUUACGCAAAAACCGGCGAUCUGCGAUUGCGGUAUUGUGGGGUAACGGUAUAGUAACACAAACGUCCAAUAAGUCUUUUGUGUCACAUAGUAAUCCGUCCAACAAUAUUGUGAGAAAGAGCAAUGGUAGUCCCAGGUUCCCGAACAUUCAGACACCCCUGCUAGAGUUUGACUCCGAUAAAUAUAUUUGUGAUGACUUAUUAUCCUCAGACUGCACUAAACGUACGGCAGAAUUUAAGGAUUUAUUGUUGAAAGAAUUCCACAGAGUCUUAAUGGGAGAAAGUAAAGUGUUCAAGUCAGGGUUGAAUGCUCAGAAUACCUACAAUGUUAAAUAUGAUAGUCGCAACCGGAAGGAAAAUUCAAAAGGAGAUGUGUUGUGUGCUUUGAAGCGUGUUAAGGUGCGGACAAUAACGGCAGAUGAUGAACCAUUUAAUAAACUGGGAUAUAAAAUACCUAAAUCUCCACUGCAGGAAGGUCAUCACUUUAAUACUUGUGCGGUGGUCACUAGCGCAGGUGCAUUGCUCGGAUCACGAUUAGGAGACUUUAUCGAUUCUCACGAUAUGGUAUUAAGAUUCAACAACGCGCCAACAGAGAAUUAUACAGAAGAUGUAGGCAGUAAAACAACUUUCCGGGUGCUUAAUUCACAGGUAGUGACAAAACCCCACUUCAAGUUUUUAGAAGACCCACUAUUCCGCGGAGUCUCAAUCCUCGCUUGGGAUCCGGCAAAUUUUUCGUCGACAUUGGAAAAUUGGUAUAACCACCCUGAUUAUAAUCUCUUCCCUGUUUACAAGAGAUUACUUGAAGAGCGGAAUGAGGCAGAUGUUCACAUAUUAAAUCCUCAAGUACUUUGGGAGUUAUGGGCAGUGCUGCAAGAUACAUCUGGUUAUCGUCUAAGGCGGAACCCUCCCUCAUCUGGUUUUCUAGGACUGUGGUUCUCGAUGCACCGAUGUAUGCGCGUACGCAUGUUUGAGUACGUGCCAUCAGCGCGAGCGACUCGGCGGUGCCAUUACCACGUGGCACGCGAUGACGUGGCAUGCACGUUCGGCGCCUGGCAUCCACUCGCGCAUGAGAAGGCACUUGCAGAACGCAUACGAACUAACGAAGAUGUCGAUGUCUUCCAAAGAGGCUUUGUAGACAUACCUGGUUUUAAUACCGUCACUUGUCAAUAG